AGGGGCGGGGAAAGCUCGGCUCCAGCGGGAGAGUGGAGUAUCGAGAGUCUCCUAGUAGGAAAGCCUGGGAGAGCUGGGUCUGAUCAGCUUCGAGAAAAGACGGCGGAGAGGAGACCUUAUUCAUGAGUAUAAGUAUCUAAAAGAAGAGUGCCGAAAGGAUGGACCAGGCUGUGCCCACUGGUGCGGAACUAUAGGACAGGAGGCAACGGGCAGAAACUGAUGCCCAGAAGUUCCCCCUGACUAUAAGGAAGAACUUCUUUCCUGUGCCGUGGCUGCGCAUGGAAUAGAUUGCCGAGAGAGGUUGAGGAGUGUCCCUCAGUGGGGAUAUUCCAGAACCAUUUGGAUGCCAUCUUGUGCCAUGUGUGGUAGGAUGACCCUUCUUGAGCAGGGAGCUGAGGCCAGAUGACCCCUGUGGUCCCACUGAACCUCCCCCAUCCUGGGGUUUUAUGAGUCCCUGAAGAGCUGAAGGGGUGAGGGCAGAGCUUAGCCUUUGGUGUUUCUCUUCCCAGGGCGACAAAGUUCAGCUGGUCAAUGUGCCAUCUCUGCAGUGCAGAAAGUUCUGGAAGGGUUGGCAGAGACAGUGAUUUUGUGCAGGGAAUACUCCAGCUAUUAUUUUUCCCUGAUUGUUUGUGCUGGUGAAUUGAGUAGUGAAAAGGCAAUGUGUUGAAGGAAAAACAGUUACAGUUUGGGUGUGCUUUCAUAACGUAAAAGGCUUUUUAGAUGUAGUGGCUCUGGACUGUGGCUUUUGAAUCUAGCACCUGUGUAUCUAGUGUCACUUCAGUGCUGCAGGCUGUAGUGAGAACUUGCUGGGAAGUGCUUGAUUCAUUUGGCAUCUGAUCCUGAAAACUGCAUCUUAAAAUUGUUGCCUGACUUUUAAAGUAGGAUCAGAUUUUGGGGAGUUGUGCAGAUUUACCAUAAAGCAAAUUCUAAGAUGCAGUUUCAGCUUUCUCAAAGUUUUGUCAUGGCAGCAACCAGUGUAAAUUAUGUACUGAAGCAAGCCCCAAAACAGCACAGUCGGGGUCAGCAGUUAUUAGAGAGUCUAUUGUUCAAAACCCUUUAGGUAUGAGGUAAAAGGAAGGUGCAUUUAUUUCCUCUGUAAGCUGAUGUUAAGAGGAUGUUGAUGAUCAGUUUCAAACUGCAUUUGUUAAUGGCAAGCAUUCAGACCAACUUUUGUGUUUGAGUCAAAAGUGCAUGUUUAUACUUGUAGUGUGUAAGUAGAGAAAAUUGAUUUUGUUUUGUCAGAAAAAAAUCAGGAGGCUGAUGCAGAAGCACCAACGUUCUUGCUGUUGAGAUGUCCUGUAUUCCAUUGUUAAUGGAACCAGCAUGUUCCAGCUCUAACAUACAGGGAGCUACAAAAACAAGGAGUAAUGAUGCUACUUCCAGAUUUUUGGUUCUUUCUGGCAAUAAUGAAAGCAAAGAGUCAAAAUCUAUUCAAAGAAAGAGAGUGCUUCCAUCUUGGAUGCUGGAAAGAGAUCUUCUGGUGCAGAGGGUUUCCAAGCCUGUUACGAUGGGAGGUAGUAGAAAGAAAAAAGGCCAAGGAAGGGGAGAAGGUCUUACAGAGUCAUUAAAAUCAGAAGUACAUGUACAGCAGAAAAAAAUAUUACCUUCUGAAGAAACUAUAGAGGAUUUUGAAGGUGGAGAGCAAGAUCAAGGGAAAAGGACCUGCCUUCCCUUCCCUGUUCUUUUAUCUCAGAAUACAUCUGGAUUACCUCUUGAGACUACCAUGAGAUAUAUGGAAGGAAGUGGCAAGACUGGAACAACAAACCCUGGAAAUUCUCUGGAAGAAAAUGAUAGGCAGCUGCAUAGCCAAUGGUCUAAAAGAGAAGGUCACAUCUCCAUUAAAGACAACAGAAUUGAGGAAACAGAAAACAAAGAGCACAUUGCUGGUUCUACCAGCCGACAAGCUCACUGGGGCAGGACUUCCCAAUAUCUUGGUGCUCAGGAAGGGAUUCUUGAGCCUGAUGCAAAUCUGGACUACAACACUGAGAUUUCUGAUUCAGCCAGAAGUGCAGAUGCUUCAGAAAGCUCCAAACAGAUGCAGCAUAAGAGGACACCUUGCAAGUAUGGAAGUGGCUGUUACAGGAAGAAUCCCAUUCACUUCCAGCAGUUCAGUCAUCCUAAUGAUGAUGACUAUCACAACAUGGAGAUGGUGGCUCAGGACGAUGAUGACAGCCGGCCUGAGUGUCCAUAUGGAACAGCUUGUUAUAGGAAGAACCCCCAGCACAAGCUGGAGUACAAGCACAGUGCACCUCCAGGAAAAAGGGCAGUGAAGAAGGAUGGUGUCAAUGAUGGUGAAACCAAUGAAUAUGACCUCAAUGACCGAUUUAUAGAUGACGAGGAGGAAGAGGAGUGCGAAGCUACUGAUGAAGACUCGGACUGGGAACCAAGUUCAGAAGAAAAGGAUAAUGAAGAUGUUGACACACUUGUGCAAGAAACAUGUAGAUUUGUUAGGCUCAAGAAAUAGCUGCUGAGAACAGCUUUAUAAAUGUCCAGUGUGGUUGUGUUAAAACAUGGUUGCACAGAGGAGAGGAAUUAGUUUGAAAAUUUUUUCCUCCAUGAUGUAGGCAGUACAGGAAGAUAAUAAUAGGGGUGAGGGGAUUCUCUUUCUUAUCUGUAUGUAUUAUUUUGAGGCUGGUGUGCUGUUUGGUUUUUUUUUUUUGUUUUAUUAAGUUGUGGACCCAGAGAAUCGAGCUCUGAAAUUUUUGGUUUUUUCUUUUUUCUCUCCUUUUUCUUUUUUUUUUUUUUUUUUUUUUUGCAACACCAUUGGUAUCUUGUAUUUUGAAACACAGUUUUAAAGGUUGUUAAAACUUCAUCUUGCUGUGCUCAAAAGAAAUAUUGGUAGGAAAGCCUAAGCCAUUUUUAUUGUUGAGUUCAUGCAGUUUUAAACUUUGUUAUUCUGCCUCCAUCUUUUCCAGAUGUUGUUUUGUUGAUUAUCUUGAGGUACAGUAGUUAAAUACAGGUUGUCUAAAUCACUUGAGAGCAGGAUCUCAGUGUAUUGAAGCACUUGAUUGGCUCAACAACAAGUAUUAUUUGCUCUGAUUGCAACAGUACCUCUUUCCAUGUUCAUCACUGGAACAGUUUCUAGUUCUCAGCAAAGUCUUGAUAUUUUUCACAGUUAAACUUGUAACAUACAGUGAGAAAAGCAUGUAAUUGUGUCUCUGAUUUCUAAAGACCUUGGAAGAUCUUGCCUUCAAUGUGUUCAUCACUCCCCUGAGCUUCCUGGAAAGCAAGUUAAAAGGUUUUACUAUAUUUUCGGACAGAUGGCUGGAGCCUUGUGAAUUUGGCACCUUUUUUGGUCAAAGUCCUGAAGUUCAGCUAGAGACUCAUUCUAGUAUAGCUUCCAAGUAGGCAUCCACAUACACACCAGCUGGUUUUACAGACUUUUCAGGAGGGCUUUGUGGAUGUGCCCUCUACAACUCUAAUGCCCCGGUUUUUGACUGAGCUUGUGUGUUUGUCUUGUUGUGAAGAGGCUCCUCUCACAGGAAAAACUGCCAAGGGGGAAUCAAACCAAGCAUUGCCCGGGCCUUGCCACUGCUGCAUUGAGCUGUGUGCAGACUCAGCUCUCAGCAGCCCUCAGAUCUCCUGCUUCUGUCACACUGGGGCUGUCUUGGGCAGGGAAAUUGCCCUGUGAAGGAAGCUGCUGGCCGCAGGGGAAGCUGCCCUGAUGGCCAGGAGGCAGGAAAGCACAGAGCUGGCUUGGGCUGGGCUGUGUCACAGAGGAACUGUCUCAGUCCUGCCCAGGAGGCGCCUCCGCAAGCAGGUGCAUGCAGCUGCCACAGGAUGGAGCCAGCCUUACAUUGAGGUGUUGGCAGAGGGAGAAGCCACUUUCCCCCGGGGCACGGGAGAGAUGUGCUCCAGGCUAUGGGAUGCGAGAUGGGACUGUGCAGUCUCAAGUCCCAGCAGUUCAGAGAUUGGGCACUGGGGAUGGAUCUUGUGAACCUGCCCGUUUCUGCCUCAAAAAAACCUCAUUAUACACACCCCCUUGGCACUUGGAAACUUUCAUUCUUGGAGGGUCAUCUUGGUCCUUACAGAUUCUGCUCAAAGGGGGAGCAUUCUUUUUGACAGAUUUCUCAGAUAAAAAUAAAGCACCAAUGUGGCAAUAUUA